GUAAACAAAACAGAGGCUUGAGCGUUAGUUCUGUGGAUGUGCAGAGUUAUGGAAGAGAAUAUUUUAGUUGUCACGCAGAUAAUUAAUUCAUAAUUUAGCAACAAUGUCCUCAGUUCAGUAUUUAAGAGGGUUUAUCAACGACAGACUAACUGCUGCUGCUGAAGAAAUAUUCGGAGUUUUUACAAAAACUAUCGUCGAGUACGAAGAAGAGAUCGACCGUCAGCGAAGACUGUUGGAUAUCGUUCGGAAACCAGAAAUAAAGUUACUCAGGAUAAAGCCCCCACAGCAACAUGUCUGUCAGCAGGAGGAAGCUGUCGCUGACCAGCAGCUCUGUGUUCAGGAGAGGAACUCCAGCGAGGAGCCAGAGCCUCCACAAAUUAAAGAGGAAGAGGAGGAACUGUGCAGCAGUCAGGAGGGAGAGCAGCUUGAAGUGAAGCAGGAGACUGAUGACUUCAUGUUGACUCCUACUAAUGAGGAAAGUGAGCACAGUGAAGAUCAGACUGUGAACUGGAGUAUCACUGAAACUCAGAAUAUGGUGGGGGAAACACCUCUAGAGUACAUUUCAGAUAAAGGCUAUGUGGUCCCAGAACCAGACAGUGACCACCAGCUCCUCUCUCAUGAAGCUGAGAGCCAAGAUCAGAAAGGAGACAAGCAUGGAGACUCAGGUUCAACUAGAAAUGCAGAGCAAACAGAACCGAAUCACAACAGCAACAGUCACACUAACAGUGUUACUAACCCUUUUAUGCUAAUGAUUCACUGUGAUACUCACACGGGUCAAAAGCCUGUAAAAUGUGACGCAUGUGGGAAAGUUUUUAAGUAUAACUCAUAUUUGCAGAGACACUUGAGAACACACACAGGGGAGAAGCCAUAUUCUUGCAACACCUGUGGGAAAAGAUUCAUGCAGACAUCAGCAUUGAAAGCUCAUAUAAGAAUACACACAGGUGAGAAGCCGUAUUGUUGCAAAACAUGUGGGAAAGAUUUUAUACGCAAAAGUGAGCUGAUAGUGCAUGUGAGAACGCACACUGGUGAGAAACCAUACUGUUGUAGCACCUGUGGGAAAAGAUUCACUCAGGCGUCAGCACUGAAUGCUCAUAUUAGAGUCCACACAGGGGAGAAGCCGUUUUCUUGCAAAACAUGUGGGAAUCAUUUCAGAGUCAUUGGUCACUUGAUUAGCCACGUAAGAAUUCACACAGGUGAGAAGCCAUAUUCUUGCGACACCUGCGGAAAAGAUUUCAGACGUAAUAGUAACUUGUUAGUCCACAUGAGAAAAGCCCACACUGGUGAGAAGCCGUACCUUUGCAAGAUCUGUGGGAAAAGAUACUAUGAGGCUUCUUUUUUAACAAAACAUGUAAGACUGCACACAGGCAAGUAGCUCUGCUUCUGCAACAAUAUGUGAGACAAUUAAGUGUUCAUGUUUCAUGGUCAAAACAUCCCUGACACAGGAGACCUGACAGAAGUGAGGAGACACAUAAUUGGAGUCUUAUCUUUUUUUGAAAUACGUCAUUUAAUGUCAAAUUUUUGUAUCUUUGUAACUGUAUUAACAUGGUAUUUUUUUUGUUGCAACACAACAAAAACACUGUAGAUGAUGUGUGUUACUUACAUCAAAAGUAAAAGUAGUCACUGUGAAUAAUAUUUCUUUUCUGAAUGUGAAGUUAUUACAUGCGAGAAAUGUUUUAUACUGUUUGUUAAUUUGAUCAGUAUUGAACAAGCAUGCCGUGGAGGAUUGUAACAACAUGUUGGCUGCUCAAGUACUGUAUUCAUGUCUUCAUAUGGCCAAGAUUGCAUUUACAUUCAUUGCACACCCUGAACAGUUCUAAAACAAGUAAUAAUAAGGAAAAUAAAAGUGAAAACAAACAAAAAACAGCAGGUUUGAGGUAUUCUUUGAUAGCUUUACUUUCACGCUACAUAUAGUUCUCAUUUACUGAAUUUUUUUAAACUUUGUAUAAGUUGCUGGAAUUUAAAUAAAAACAAUCAUUUUCAGAAUU